AAAGCUCAAGCAGAAGAGGAUAGUGAUGGAGAUGUAGCGGACUACGAGGAUAUCAAUGGAUUCAAUUUCAAUAUUUUGAGAAAACUUCACAAUGACUCGAAAGAGUCACUGGACCAGUUUCGAUUGCAUCUGCUCGAAAAAGAUGAACUUACGCCUCUAAAAGUUUGGCAAGUACAAGACCUCAGCUAUCAAGCGGCCCAACGAGUUGUAUUGUCUGGCCCCAAGAAGGCGUUUGCUGUGCUCAUGGAAAUGAGUCAAUAUUUCCCAUUGCUGGCACGAUCGAUUUCGCGACAAGCUGUCACAAAAGAAUUCANGAAAUCUGAAGGUGUUGUGAUGCAACUGACGUUCUCUGAAUUGGAUAUCAGCGAAGGAGAUUCAUCGUUGUUCCUGAACGGUAUUCCAGUUGAUGUGGACUCGUUGGAUAUUUUCAGUUUACUGGAAAUGUUAAAGCAAGAACAAAAACUCACUGAUGGUUUCUAUAAAUUAGGAUUCAGGGCAUUUCGAUUCGUGUUCCAUCAGAGAGAAGAAGUUCUUGAUUGA